AUGGCAUCAUCGAAUUCACCCUGUGCAGCAUGCAAGUUUCUCCGCCGAAAGUGCACACAAGAAUGCGACUUCGCUCCGUAUUUUCUCCCCGAAAAUCCACAGCGAUUCGCGAACGUGCACCGUGUCUUCGGCGCAAGCAACGUCGCUAAGCUCUUAAAAGAGCUCAAUGUGGCUGACCGCGAAGACGCGGUGAGAUCUUUGGCUUACGAGGCGGAGUCUCGUUUGAAAGAUCCUAUCUACGGUUGCGUUGGUUUAAUCUCGGCUCUCCAACAGCGGUUGCGCGAUGUUCAAACCGAGCUCGCUGUAGCGAAGAAAGAACUGUCGAGUUAUAAUUCGAAUCCUCAGGUUAUGCAGUUCUUGUUUGGGAAUGCUGGUGCAGGGUUGCAGCAACAGCAUCAACAAUGGAAUAACUCACAGUUUGCAGGUGUUGCUAAUGGUAACUACUCGUAUAAUUUUCCGCAUGAGAUGCUCGGAGGAGCGGGAUUGGUUACUCGAGAUGUUCAGCAGGAGCAAGAGCUUCUUGAAGCUCAGCAGAUAGUUGCUGCUCAGCAAGAUUAUUUGCUUAGGUUUAGCGGACUUCACGUCGGUGGUGGCGGUGGUGCUGCUGCUGCUGUUUCUGGUCAUGCUGAUAUGGCUCAUUCAUUGGGGAUAGGAAGCUUUGAGAAUGGAGGUAGCGGCGGAAGUAGCAGCGGCUGUGGUUAUUAUCAGAUUCAGCAACAACAACAGGGAGAGCCGCAGCAGCAACACCAGAACUAUAAUCCUCAUGUUGGUGUUGCUGCUGCGGCGAAUCCAGCUGAGGCGCCGGGUUUGUUAUCUCCUCAGAAUCAGGAGAAUGGUGGUGAGGAUGGUAGGAGUGUUGGUAGCACUCAUCGUUCUAGUUGAUUUUUCAUUCAUUGCUUUUUUUUUUUCUUUGGUGGAAUUUCAGAAUGUUGGUUAUUGUUGAUGUGUGAAUACGAGGACAUUACAUUACAUAUCUUUGGUCUUAUAGAUUUAUGAAUGAAUGAAUCUGAAUAAAGACGUGGUUUAUGUAUUUUUGUUUGGUAUGUUUUGUUGGAUGUGUCUUCUGUAUUUGUUG